AAUAUUAUAUCACCGUGUUUUUUAUAAUAUAAUAGUUAAAUUUAUUUUUUAAUCAAUUUAAUAUCGUUAUAUACAUAUAUAUAUAUAUAUAUUGUAGUAUUUCUGUAUGCCAUUGACGGCCAAUAAUAUGGCUAGUCCGAAGACUAUCAAUACUAAAUACUUCACCAUUACAACAGUUGCUUUUACAUUUUUACAUUUCUGACACUGCUCAAAUCCGGCCCUGGUGAUUCCGUCAUCCAUCAGAUACCGAGAUGGCAUUAUUAGUGGAAUCACGGUCGUUUCGGCCGUUCAAGUCCAGUGAAGAAUAUCUUUAUGCUAUGAAAGAGGAUUUAGCUGAAUGGCUGAAUGGUUUGUAUCCUGAGCUCUACAUAAACGUGAAUAAUUUCAUGGAUAGACUUGAUACCGGCGUGGCUUUGUGCAAGCAUUCAAACUGUGUGAGGAACUAUGCAGAGGAACACGUGAAUCGAAGACAAGCGGCUGGGAAAUCUAAUAUUAGCGGCAUUGCGAGCAUAGUUCUUCAAUUACCAGCUGUACGAUAUUUACCCGGCGCUAAAGGUGGUACGUUUUUUGCUAGAGACAAUGUUUCCAAUUUCAUCAAUUGGUGCAGAAACGGACUUGGUGUUUUCGAGUGUCUGCUGUUUGAAACAGAUGAUCUUAUAAUGCGAAAAAAUGAAAAACACGUGAUCUUGUGUUUAUUAGAGGUCGCUAGACGUGGUGCUAGAGUUGGUGUGCCAGCUCCGAUGUUAGUGCAAAUGGAAAGACAGAUUGAUCGGGAAAUAGCAGCAGAUAAAAAGUAUGCUCAAUUUUCACAAGGAACUGAUUUUAAUGAUGGCGAUGAUACUGAUUUGAGUGACGGCGAAGACUUAACCGAAUACGCGCCAUCUCCUCAAAUUGUUACUAACGAUUUAAAAAGCUUAGAUGAAAUGGUACGGGAUCUUGUAGAGAGGUGCAAGUGUCCGACCCAGUUCCCAAUGAUCAGAGUGUCCGAGGGAAAAUACCGUAUCGGUGAUACUAAAGUCUUAAUAUUUGUCAGGAUACUGAGGAGUCACGUUAUGGUCAGAGUGGGCGGAGGCUGGGACACACUGUCUCAUUACUUGGACAAACACGACCCGUGUCGAUGCAAAACUGCUCAUCGAGCCCCGGUAUCUGCAAAACUGACGGGUGUCAGGAGCGGCGGGCCCACGUUGGAAAUAUCGCACGCCCAAGUACACUACGAAAGAUCACCGCCAAGAACACGACGCUCAUCCACUUCCAGCACCGGCAGCAGCGGUAACGGUGGUUACUCCGGCGGCCUGAGCUUGACGUCAGGUGGCCUAGCCACGGCUAAGCGGGCGAGCCGCCGCCGGAGCCGUUCGCCGUCCCCGCGGCCGACUGCCAAAUUGAGCGCACCCGUAGACGCUGGCCGCCGGAGCAGGAGUCCUACUCCCCGGCGGGCCACCGACCACUUGGCCGUGGCCAACUCGGGUUGCAGGUCUAGGUCGGUGACGCCCAGCAGGAGACUUACACGGCGAUCUGCGUCACCAUCGUCCGGAGCUGGUAACGGCGGCAGCGAUCGUUUGCUGAAUGUGCCAAACGGACAGCGACAGUCCAACGACCGCAGCCGUUCGCCGUCGGCGGCGCGCCAGCGAAGCGGAGUGGACGACACGCCGACGCCAAAGAUAUCGGUGAACUUCACGCCGGAACUGGCCGCCGAGUUGAGCGACCGUCUGCAAAGAUCUUCCAGAGAGUCGUCCGUGGACAUACAGCACCUGGAGACUGGAAAAAUGGACAGUGGCCGGAACGGUGGUGACGACUGCGACGAUGGCGACGACGACGACGAUGACGUGACCGUGGACACUUCGUCCACUUGCCGGGUUUCAGAUAAUUUCCGAGGCACCGGACAGUACCAUGUGCUAAACCCCAUGCCGGUGACGGCCAUCGGCGAGAGGCGGCACUCGACCGUCAGGGAGGAAGAGUCCGUGGUGGACACGACGCCGUUCAGCCGCGUGUCGGACAGCCUGAGGGUGGCCGCAUACGACGAUUGUCCACCGUCGGCGGGCCGGAAAAAGUCGCAUACGGCCCGCGGGGACGCGAAGAAGUCGGAGCCGGUCGGCACAGACAGUGGCUCGGAAGUAUCGGACGAGGGCUACAGGAGUCUGGGUGUGGUAGCUUCGCCGCCGUUCAACUCUAACGUGAAACACGUGCAAAAAUCAAACGGCACGCCACCGGUGACGAGAGUGACGCGGCCACCACGAAGCCGUUCGGCGGGCGGCAAGGAGACGCCUAGCCCGCAGCAGUCGCCGUUCCGCCGAAACCGUUCUACCACCCAGUCGUCGAGACACCAGCAGCCAGCGCCAGCUUUCGGGCGGUCGCAGACGCCGACGCCGAGCCGCCGAUCACCCGCACCGUAUGCAGACGGUGGCCAACAUCAACCAUCGUUUUCGACGUCGUCAACGCCGGCCACACCGCUGCUGGGCCGGAACAACACGUGGAACGCGGCUGGCGGCCGGCACUGGUCGUCCAAACAGCGGCCGCAACUUUCGGCCGACACGUUCUGCCAACAGGUGGCCGACAUCAUAAACCGGUACGCAGUGAUGGCUCCCAGUCCCCGGAAAGACUCGAAACCCGAUUCGCCGAUCGUCACCAGGAUACCGGCGCCCGUCCAAAGGACUUGAUCGUUUGUCGCCGUCGUCGUCGUCGUCGUCGAUUGUAACGACGGGUCUGCUGUCAAAUCGUUACCGAAGGGACGUGGUGGAGGGGAAAACCUCUUCUUUAAAAAAAAAAAAAUUAAUACUCUGUAUGCUUUGGUUUUUUACUCCGAUUCAGGCGAGUCCGUAGUGGUCUGCAAAUAUAAAAUGGCACCAUUGUCAUCGAUCUUUUAUAUUACCGUUGUGAUGCGAAAGACAUAUUCUGCUGUUGCAGCACACCGGAAAAGCGAUUUUAAUAACAAUAAUAGG